AUGUCCAAGAUCCUCGCUGUCUUCGGAGCCACGGGCCAGCAGGGCAGCUCCGUCAUCGACCAUGUGCUGGGCGACGCGGAGCUGUCCCGCGAGUACAAGCUGCGCGCAAUCGUGCGCAACGUCGACUCGGAAAAGGCCAAGCAGCUCACGGCCAAGGGCGUCGAGGUCGUGCAGGGCGACACGUCGGACCGGGCGUCGCUCGAGGCGGCGCUGACGGGCGCGCACACGGUCUACAUCAUGACCAUCGUCGACUUCACCCCCGGCGUCGACGACUACACGCAGGAGUAUAAUACGGCCAAGACCAUUGCCGACGUGUCGGUGGCCAAGGGCGCGGCCUACCUCAUCUUCAGCACGCUGCCGGCGCCGCGCGCCAUCUCGGGCGGCAAGUACACGGCCGUUAGCGCCUUCGACGUCAAGGCCGACGCCGAGCAGUACAUCCGCAGCCUGAGCCCCAAGGUUCAGAGCGCCUUCGUAUCGCUCGGCUCCUUCAUGGAGAACUGGGUGGCCCCGGGGAUGCUGGCGCCGCGCCCGUCGGCCGACGGGUCGCACUACGUGCUGUCACGCAACCAGUCGGCGGCCAGCCUGUUUCCGCUGAUCGACGCCGUCGGCGACGUCGGCAAGUUCGUCGGCGCCAUCCUGGCCGAGCCGGCCAAGUACGACGGCGUCAGGCUGCACGUCGCACAGGCGCUGUACUCGUUCGCCGAAAUCACGGAGCUCAUGUCCAAGUCGGCCGGCAAGAAGAUCGUCGUCGACUACGUAUCGACCGACGAGUUCCGCAAGAGCCUACCAAUUUCCGGCCCCGUCGCCGAGAUCUUCAUCGAGGCCUUCGCCUACAUGGACGAGUUCGGCUACUUUGGCCCCGAGACGGCGAAACUGGUCGCCGCCGACGCGCCCAAGGCCCGCGGCCGGCUCGCCACAUUUGAGGAGUACCUCGAGAGGCACCCCGUGCGAUUGUGA